GUAUUCGGAUUCGCAGCCUUGGACACAGUCGAUUUGAGCGCGACCUCUACAUCCUCAACGGCUACGCGCCCACCAAUGACCCUGGUCGGCCCCCGAACGGCGUGGAUGCUGGCGCCUACCGCGAAGCACAUUUUUCCCAGCAGGAGACCUUCUGGCGCGCAUGCCGCCACGCAAUUAGUCAGGUCCCUGCCCGCACCUCGCUGGUGGUCACGCUGGACGCCAACGCUCAUCUACCUCCCCACCUUCCACUGGUGGGCCACGCUGGCGUUCGUGGGCAUGGUCCUCUCAUCAACAACAACGGGCGCGCGUUGAUGGACAUUCUGGAGGAUUUCGGGCUGGCGGCACUCAAUACGUUCGGGAAAAAAGGCCGCCGCAACGGCACAUGGAGGAGCCCCGCUGGAGCAUGGACCACCAUCGACUAUGUUCUUGUCCGACGCCAGGGUGGAUACGGACACGACUCCCGCCCGCGCUUCGACCUUCCAGUCAACCUCGGAGGUUAUCGGGACCACCGCCCACUGCAGACGAAAUUGUUCAUCGGGGCCCGCUUGAAGUCCUCUGCACCAUCUGCGCGACCCCGCUGGCGCCGUGAACUACUCAUCCAAGACCUGCGCGCAGUCCAAUUGGCAGAGGAGGACUUCGAGCACAGCCAUCCCAUCCCUGAUCGCGUGCAUCUUUUCCGCACGAAGGUCCAGGAGGGCAUCGAGGCGAUGAGCUUGCAUGAGGAUUGGACUGACGUCUGCGGCAGUGGCAAGCGCUUUGCCGACCCCUCCGAGUACUUCAACGCGAUGGAGGGCGUCAUCAUUGAGGCUGCCUCCCAGGACUACAUCGAAUUGCCACAGCCGCGGGGUGCUUCUACGGGGCCAGUCUUCUCGGAGGCCACUAUGCGACUUAUCAAGAUGAAGCAUCAUUGGCAGUAUCAACUGGCCGCUCUCUCUUCGGGCUUGAGAUGGCUUACCCUUUUCUUCCACCAGAAGUUCUUAGAGGCGUCCAAGAUUUGCACCAAGGCCAUCAGGAGUGAAAAGCGGCAGCGCAUGGCACAUCUUGCAGCUUUUGCCGAACGCUCUGCUGGCGAGAAUAACCUACGGCGCCUGUUCUCUAUCGUGCGCCGUCUCGCACCCAAGCCACCUGCGCCCAUCAUGACUGUCAACGACCCGCAGAGAGGCCUCCCAUGCUUCGACUCAGAACGUGACAACCAAGUCCGAGUGGCGAGUAUCUGUUCACCGUGCAAUGGCACGGCGAUGGCACUCCAUGAACUACCAGUCCGAGCCCGUGACAUGGGCCGUGAUGAUGAUCGCAUCGGGCCGUAUGACUUGGCCGACAUCAAGCAGGGCAUUCGCAACCUUCCGAACUUCAAGGGAGGCCCUACCCUACAGUGGUUUCCAGAGGCUCCUCCUACUGGUGCGGUUGCAGAGACUUGGAAGCUUGCCUUAGAGAGCGUCAGCCCGCCCCUACUCCAGAUCUUCCAAUGCAGCCAAGCGUUGGGCUCCGCACCCCAGCGGUUCAAGGAUGGCGAGACUGCACACCUGCGUAAGCCGAAAGGCGAUGGCAAGUCUGCUAUGAACGACUACCGCACCAUCAGCCUCAUCUACCACAUAGGCAAGGUCUUCGCGCGGGUCACCGCCCUCGACGCCAUGCGCGAUAUCUCCCACAGGAUCUCCCCGACCCAGUUCGGCGCCAUGCCUGGUGUGGAAAGCCCUGGUCUCUCUGUUGCUGCGUAUGAUAAGCUAGUUGCCGAGGUGGCAGAACGUCAGCGCGAGAAUGAGUUUCCUGGGAUUUUCGUCUACUUUGACCCCAGCCUCGAGAAGAUUCGCACCUCGGAUCCGCUGAUGAAUGACUACUGCGAGUGCCUGGACGUUACCCACCUCAAGUUCCUAGACGACCUGCUGACGUUUGGAGAGGUAAACCACUUUGACGAGGCGUCCCAGUUGCUCGACCUAGUGAACGGCGAGAUUUCCUUCGGUGGCAUGAAGGUCAAUGCGAACAAGACCGAGCUACUCCUCAUCCCCAGCGGCACGGGAAGCAAGAGACGCCAGAAGUCCAUCAACUCACACUCCACGGGCAUCGUGACCUGGCAGGAGGACGAGGCCCUCGCCGUGCACCCGCAGCCGACGGUCAAGUACCUAGGCGUUCGCAUGGCCGCAUCAGGCAGCUACCAGACUGAGAUUACCCACCGGCUCCAGAGCGCCAACCAAGCCCAUUCUCGACUCCUCCGACGUGCUUUCAAGGGGGGGUUCAGUCCGAAGAUGAAGAUACGUUUGUGGAAGGCGUUGGUUCGUUCAGUUGGCCUGUAUGCGUUGGAAGUUGCGGUGAUGUCCAAGCGCGAGCUCCUCCGCUUGGAAUCCUGGCAAGUUCGGAAGCUCCGAGGGCUUCUCCACUCCCCUGCCCACAUCAACAAGCUCACCAACCGCGAGAUCAGGAGGAGGGCCCGUGUCCCGACAGUGGAGAGCACACUUCAGCAUCGACGACUCAAAUGGUGGCGACGAGUCCUAUGGCCAGUCUUCCGUGGGCCCACACCCGACCUCUACGACGCCACGCUGGCGGUCCGCGCUGUCAUCUUCGGCCUCUUUUCUUUUGAGCCUCCUGGCCCGCGUGAGCCCCGCGGCCUCCUUGCCGUGCUGAAGAGCGACUUGCGCCAGCUCUGGAACACGGUGGAGGCGCACGAGCAGCUGGAGGCCCGCCGCCUCUUCCUUCUUCACGGUGGCCUACCUGACCUUGCUGAGCCGUGGCUUCGCUGGCUCGCCUCCUGCGAGCAGCGCUGCUUUCGUCGCGUUCUCACCUUUGGCGAGGUCGCAGUUGGCGAACCUGUUGCAGUUGUUUGGAUCCAGUGCGACGUGUGCGGGCUCAAGCAGAUUCACAACUUGAGCUUGCAGCUUCUCCACCUGCCCCUGCCAGUCAUGUUCCAGCCGAUCGCGGAGGUGCAGGUGGCAGCCAGCCAGAAGCGCGCGGCGGCCCCGAACCCAGAGGACAAGGGCGAGGGCAACGACAUCGUGGGCCCGCUGGCCAAGGCGCUCGCCAGGCUCGCCCUCCAGCACGAGGACCUCGCUCGAGCAGGUCACCGAGACGACAACUUCGUGAUGGUUCUCAAGCCGCAGUGCGCUUUGGCGAACGCGCUGGAGCAGGCCAUCACGACGUGCGAGGACGAGGGUCGCAAGGCCAAGGAGAAGCGGCCCGACGCGCUGGCCCGCGCCGUGAUCUUCCGCAUCAUGGAAGCGGUGCUCCUCAAGAGGCAGCAGGUGACGGAGGCCGUGUCGCAGGGGGCCGAACCCGAGGCAGCGCAGGCAGCGCUGGAGGUAUUGCUGCAGAUGGGCAAGCUGGCACAGAACACCGAGACGAAGUUCGUGGCCACUCGCUGCUUUCGGAUCCAGACCAGCCGCAACGAGGGCGACAACAACGAGGAGGGCGAGACCAGGUGGAUCUUCGCGGUGAAUCACUACCCAGGGUUCAAGGCAGCGCUCAACACGCUGCGGACCAACGGUGCCUUGGCCGCCGCGGGUAUCACCCUCCAGUACGACAUCGCGACCAGGUCCAAGGCAGCCAAGCUGGUAGAGACUCUGGCGUUCCGCUCGGGCAGCGGCCCUGCCAGCGGCGGCAAGAAGAAGCA